GAUAUUGGCUGAAUAUGGCGGCACCACUGCCACCACAUCACAUCGCCCCAAUCCAGCCCAAUGACGCUAGAGAUACGCGCUCCUUCGGUGGUUUGCUCCCUGGCGUGCGAAAUUGGUUGGCACGGCACUUCACACAGACCUGGGCAUUCGCUACGCCACCAGACUCUUCUCUAGGAAGCCUAAGAAGAUAUGCGCAAGGUACAUGGUUGCCAGCACCGCAGAGCCACACCAUGAUCCCACUUGCUUCCGGUAACAGUGGCAUUGUUCAUGUUUGGGUCUGCGUCGACAGGAACAACAAUAUCCUCGACCGGGUUGUCGUCAAGCACAAUGUUCCUGGCAUUGCUGCCUACAACAAUCCAGACAAUUGGGAAAAUGGGCAGAUUGGCGGAGAACCAAUGGAAAGCUUUAUCGCGAACGCCAUCCACUAUCAGUUAUCUACCGCCAAUCCUGGCGAUGAGAAAUUUGUUGCCGAAUGCUUAGGUUAUGGUGACUGCCAAUACCAGCCACCUGACUUACCACAGUACAAGCUGUACUAUGAGUAUCUUUUGGGCGAUCUCCCUGGAUGCAUCAAGUCCCAGUGGCGAACAUCUAAAUUGGUCAAACGUCCUGGACGCUUGAAGAGAACGAGAGUAGAGCUGGAACAAGAACCUUUUCCUGAAGGUUUUUUGUGGGCUUUUUCUUUGGUCAACCUGAUCCCAAUCACUUUGCGAUCUGGCCAGUACCUAAGUAACCAGAUCCAAGGUCAGCUUGGCAGGCAUCGCAUAGGACCAUAUGCAGAGACCUUUGCUGCACCAGAGAUGGAUUUCGAUGACUCUUGGUGGCCAGGCCAACACGUAGUGCAGUUCUUCGACCACUGGGACCCCAACCUACCGCCAACAGUACCAGGUGGCAGACCAGGAGGUUAUGUCCAAAGACCUGCUGUGCUUUCGUCCGCAACAACUAUAUGGCAGAUCGGAAUGCUCAUCUUGUCUGCUAUCCGCCUCGAACCGCAUCUGCUCGAGANNACACAAUGGCGAGAUCCUCCAGACCCCGCCAAUUAUCCUAUUCCUAUGCAUCAAGCCAUGGGUUUCAGACCUGGAUUCGCGUCCCAGCCCAUGAAGAUGAGACUUGACGACCCUAAAUCGAGAAGAUACAGCAGACAACUACUGGCACUUGUUAAAAAGUGCUUGGCAUUCGACCCAGAUGCCAGAAUAUCGCCGCAACAAUUGCUUCAGGAAGUGCAGACCAAGAUGGUUGGCAGAGAUGGCGGGAUGAUGGCAGCAAGGGGCAGAUUUCCUCACAAUCAUCNNCCUCAGGCUAUCAGGAUGAGUCUUCAAGACAAGUACAAGGUUGGAAAGAAGCCUUACAAACCACGAAAGGUUGCA